AUGGAGGAGCGGAGCGCGGGGAGCGGCCCCGAGCUCCUCCUGCCGCCGCCGCCGCCGCCGCCUCCCCGCCCGCGCGCUCACCGGCCGCGCGCCCGCCGCCGCCGCGCCCCGCACGGCGCGGGGCCGCCCGCCAGGUCCCCAGUCCUCGGCGGCCCGCGCCCGCGGACCCUGCGCUCUCUCUGCGCCGCGCGCCCCCGCGCCCCGGCCCCGCCCGCCCGCGCCGACAGCGCCCCCUCAGCCCAGGCGGCGAGCCAGACGCCCGCACACCAGGAGGAGGGGCGGGGGACGGAGGAUGGGGGGGCCAGGACCCGGCCUGAGUCCGCACCCCCCUGCCUCAUGCCCUUCCUGCCAGGAGCACAGGGAGGGAGCGGCGGCGCUGAGCAGGGCUCUCCCAAACCUCUUCCGGCCUGGCCUCAGGAGUGUAACUGUGGAGGGCGGGAUGGGGCCCUGUCCCGGGAGCUCCCAGCCUGGGGACAGAAGCAGGAGCAGAGGACGGCCGGCCCCACCGUGGGCUCACCCCAGUGUGCCGCCCCACGCCAAGAGGAGCCCCAGGCCCAGAGUGCUGGGCCCUCCGAGGGCAGCAUGGUUUCAGCACCUCGGCCAGCGCCGGCAGAGGGGGCUGGAGCUGGGCAGGGCCACCCCGCGUCAGGACCUUACGGAGCCACGGGAGCCUUUAAGAAGGUGGAUGAGAUCACACGGCCUCUGCUGCCAGUCUCCAGCCUCCUCGCUGCUCCUCAGCAGCCCAACGUGCCUGCUCAGGGGCUUCCUCCUGUUGUUCCUUCUGCAGCCUCCGGCUCCAUCGCAAUCAUCCAGAAUGUGGAGACGCAGAUCCCUGGCCCACCCCGCUCCGUGGAACCCGUGGUGUCCUUCACCAGCCCUCCCAGUGACUCAGCCACACGGAGAAGCUUGAGAACCACUGACUCAGAAUACUGGUUCAGCCACUUUAACAGAGACCAAAAUAACAGCAGCUUUAAAAAGACAGGUUUAUUUCUCUGUGGAAAAGACAAGCUGGGCCUCUGUGAAGUGAAGGCUCCAGCCGUACAAUCCCAGCUCCCUCCCGGCGAGCCCACCGCCAAACCGACGAGCGCCGGCUCCAGAGGGCGCGGCGGCCGCAUCUCCAGCCCCAGGAAGCCCGUGGGGGGCAAGGAGCGCUCCUUCACCCCGCGGGGCCCAGGGCCAGGUCCCGGCUGGGAAUUCGGCGGAGUUUCGAAAACGGUAGCGGCCCUCGGGAGCAGGAGGGCAGCAACGCGCCGGGAGCGUGGGCCGGCCCGGCGCGCCGCACCCCAGCGCUUCCCCGCGCUGGGCGCCGCCACGCCCGGCCACCUCCCGGCGGCGCUCGGCUCGCAGGCCCGGCCCCGGGGUCUGCCGGGCGCGGCGGGCGAGGCUCGGCCGGACUGGAGGGCGCGGAGCCGGGUCCGAGGGCUCCUCCCAGGCGGUCCCCGGCGCGCCCCUGACCCCGACCCUGCCCUGGGGCCGCGCCGCGCGAGUCCGCGCUCCGCCGCGCUGUGGAGAGAAAGCCCCGCCGCCCGGGGAGCCCCGCCCUGCGCCCCGCUCGCCGUCCGGCCGUGCGCCCUGCGGCCCCGGACGCCCGGGCCCGGCGCAGAGGGAGCGCGAAGGCCGGACUCAGCCGCGCCCGCGCCGCGCCCGCCCAGCCCCCGCGAGCCCACUUGUCCCGCGGCGCGUCCCCUCGGACCGCGGCCCGCGUGGCCCGGCGGAAGCGUCGUGCGGUGGCGGCCAGCGCCGCGGCGCCUUUUAAGCGGUGUGGCCGCCCUGCCCCGCCGCCGGAAUGCACCCGCGUUGCGCCGGCCCGACCGGUUUUUCCGGGCCGGGCGGCUCCCGGGCCGGCUGGUCGCGCGGCGGGUCGUCCGCGGCCCUGGUACCUGCUCGGCGCGCCCGCGCGGGGGUGGCCCUGACUCACCGGCCUCUGGGCCGCGCCCGGCGCCCCCGCCUCCAGCGCCCAGCCUGGGCGCACCUGGCGUCCCGGGGGUCCGCGCUCCAGGCCUAAGGGCCACACCCGCACCGUCUCGCCUGAGACCUGGGCGUCCAGACUCACUGCGGGGAGGGGGUGUGACACCGGCCAAGCUGGUGCCCAGGGCGGCCCUGGCAGGAAGGACUGGCUGGGCGUCCCUCACCCCCAGGGUGCUGAAGACACCGCCCUUUGACCAGAAGCCUGGGACCCAACAGACCCACUGGAGCCAGGCUUUGGUGACCUAG